AAAUUGGGUAAGAAGGCACACUUAUGACCUUUCACCUCACAGGACGUUGACCUUUCACACUUAGCUGUUACAGAGAAAACGACGACCGCGUCGUUGUUGUGUGACGGUAAAAAAAAUCACCAUUUGAAGCAGCUCGGACAUGGCAGAGGCUGGUAAUGGGUCUCAUACUGCUGUUUCUCAGAAAUUGAGUGAUGGGUAUCCUACUGAGGUUUCAAGGGACAGGGAUACAAGCAAGGCCAAUGACCAGCCCGCAUCAAGCAAAAGUUUGGACCAUCAGCCAGAAAUAAAUACUGAUGACAAGCCCUACAUGUGUGGAGAGUGUGGGUACAGGACAGCUCGAAAAGUUCACUUUUCUGCGCAUAUGGCAAUUCAUACUGGAGAAAAACCCUACAAGUGUAACCACUGUGACUAUUCUGCUGCACAGAAAGGCACUUUGAAGCGACAUCUAGCAAAACACUCUGGUGACAAACCCUACAUGUGUGGACAGUGUGGGUACAGGACAGCUCAAAAGCGCAACUUGUCUGAACAUAUGAGAACCCAUACCGGUGAAAAACCCUAUAAGUGUGACCAGUGUGAUUACUCUGCCGCAAGGAAAUCCACUUUAAAACAACAUCUAGCAUUUACACAUUCUAGUGAGAAGCCCUUCAUGUGUGGUAAGUGUGGAUACCGUGCAGCUGAAAAGUCUCGGUUAUCUCAACACAUGAGAACUCAUACUGGUGAAAAACCCUUUAAGUGUGACUUUUGUGAUUAUUCUGCUGCAAGGAAAUGUACAUUUGAUACUCAUCUAUUGAAACACAAGGGUGAGAAACUCUACAAGUGUGACCAGUGUGAUUUUUCUGCUUCCCAAAAAUCUUAUUUGAAUAAACAUCUAGCAAGACACACCGGUGACAAACCCUACAUGUGUGGUGAGUGUGGGUACAGGACGACUCAAAAGGCUUACUUGUCCCAGCAUAUGAGGACUCAUACUGGUGAAAAACCCUACAAGUGUGACCAGUGUGACUAUUCUGCCGCACUGAAAUCCACCUUGGACAGCCACAUAGCCACACACACCAAUGACAAACCCUACAUGUGUGGAGAGUGUGGGUACAGGACAGCUCAAAAGUCUACCCUGUCAGGCCAUAUGAAAACUCAUACAAAACCAUACAAAUGUGACCAGUGUGACUUUACUUCCGCAAACAAAAAGACAUUGGAUCAUCAUCUAGCAGUACAUGCCUACCUGCGCGAAGAGUAUGGGCACAAGGCAGCUCAGACUGAUGAAAAACCCUACAAGUGUGACCAGUGUGAUUAUUCUGCUGCGGAAAAAUCCCUCUUGGACGACCAUCUAUCCACACACAUUGGUGACGAACUCUACACAUGUGGGGAAUGCGGGUACAGUACAACUGAAAUAUCUGCCUUAUCCCAACACAUGGAAACCCAUAUAGACCCAGAGCCCUACAAGUGCGACCAGUGUGAUUUUUCUGCCGUAAAGAAGUACGAGUUGGACCGGCAUCUGGAAGUACACGCCGGUGACAGACCCUACAUGUGUGGAGAGUGUGGGUUUAGGACAGCUGACAAGUCUACCCUCUCUGGUCAUAUGAGAACUCACACAAAACCAUACCAAUGUGACCAGUGUGAUUAUUCCUGCGCAAACAAAGCUACAUUAGAACGCCAUGUAGCAGUACACGACUACCUGCGUGAAGAGUACAGUGUUGUCCCCAAUGACUCCCAAUUCUAGCUAAACAAAUGGAUGGAGGAGGUACCGUAAUCUCCAAGCGGAUCCUACGGUAGCAUAAGAUAGUAUCAAAAGCUGGCAGAGGAGUGAAGCCGGCUUUGGAGUGUGUUUUGCUACCGGGGCAAAUGGCAAGGCAAGGCAAAUGGACACCUUUUGGACUACACUCCUUGGCCAGUUUGGUACUAUCUUUUGCCAUUGUAGGAUCUGCUUGGAGAUUAGAGGUACAGGGUGGCAGCAAUGCCAAAAUAGUGCUGACAAGUCAUUCAGGGCACUGUCCAAUCAAGGCCAUGGAACCAGAACACUACCUAGCCUCCACAUAGUAAGCUCUCUGGAUCCUUUUUUCCGUCUUUUUUUGCCCAUAAUACACUUUUUGUCC